ACAACGCAGGGUUAGGUUGUCAACUGUCUGAUUGGGAAAUAACAAACCAAACCACACAUUAGUGCUGCUGAGAGUCAAGAGAGAGUUCGACGUUUCACUGAGGGGUUGGGACGAAGACACGAGGCCAGCCACAAUAAACUGAAUCGCACGCCAAAUUGACUGCACUGUUGCGGUCUUAGCUGUUUUGAUAGAAGCUAGUGAAGCCAGUCAGCGAUCCAUCUAGCGAACCGCCAACCUUAUUGGGAAGUGCCGUGCAGAAGUCGGGGGUUGAGAUAGCGAUAAAAGAAAGGGGGGGUGUUUGUUCGACAAUCGUCUGACAAAGGAGCAGUCAGACAGAUUGCUGCUACUACUACUACUAGACGAGACGAAGCCGCAGACCGUGUUCAACACCGGUACAGUGACAUAUGAUGUGUUUGUGCUUUAUCAUGCCUUCUAGCACUCAUUGUUGUUGAAGCGUCUGCUAACUGUCUGUAGAGUCUCGGGUGUAGCAACGCCUGCAUGUAUGCUAGCUAGUUAGCCACAGUAGCUAGCUAGCUGAAUCAUUACAUUGGAUCUAACGUUAGCUAGCAGCGUGGAGCUACUGUCACGUUAUCUCGCUUCAACGUCGAAGACAAAAAACGAGCACAUUUGUUGUCAACUCGGAGGGAAAGCUGUUAACCAGAUAACUAACCGAGCGAGUUAGUGAAGAGCAACAUUUCCUCUGUUGAUAGCUACGCCUUGCUGUGUCAUGACAUUCAAGUGUAAGUGAAGUCCUUCCAAAGAGUAUGCAGGACAGGAAACGAUUUGGGAUAAGUAUAUAGCCAGAGGACAUUUUAAUCUUACAUUGAUUGAAGUUCGUAUCGACUGUAUCGGCUGCCCAAAAGGACUGCAUUUGGAGGUCAGUGUCAAAAGGAAGCCAGAAUGAAGAAGUUCUCCCGAAUGCCGAAGUCUGAGAGUGGCGGGCUGGGAGGCGGCUCCGGGUCAGGCUCAAGCUCUGGACUCAGCAACUAUUUCGGGAAAGUGUUCGCUGUGGGCCGGUUUCAAGUCACCGUGGAAGAACUCAUAGCGGAAGGUGGUUUCUCUGUGGUGUUCCUGGCCCGGACACACAGUGGCGUGCGCUGUGCUCUCAAGAGGAUGUACGUCAACAACGUCCCUGACCUCAACAUCUACAAGAGGGAAAUCACUAUUAUGAAGGAGCUGUCAGGUCAUAAGAACAUCGUGAACUACCUGGACUCUACCAUCAACUCAGUAGGGGACAGUGUCUGGGAGGUCCUUAUCCUCAUGGAGUACUGUAAAGCUGGUCAGGUAGUGAAGCAGAUGAACCAGCGUCUCCAUAAAGGGUUUACAGAGCCAGAGGUGUUGACCAUCUUCACUGACACCUGUGAGGCUGUGGCCAGGCUGCACCAGUGUAGAACGCCUGUCAUACACAGGGACCUGAAGGUAGAGAACAUCCUCCUGAGUGAUAAUGGGAGCUAUGUUCUGUGUGAUUUUGGAAGUGCUACUCACAAGGUGCUGCUCCCACACAAAGACGGAGUGACCGCCGUGGAGGACGAAAUCAAGAAGUACACCACCCUGUCAUAUCGAGCUCCAGAGAUGAUCAACGUGUACGCUGGGAAAGCCAUCACCACAAAGGCUGAUAUAUGGGCUCUCGGUUGCUUGUUGUACAAGCUGUGUUUCUUCUCUCUCCCGUUCGGGGAGAGUCAAGUCGCCAUAUGUGACGGAACCUUUAUCGUUCCUGACAAUUCCAAAUUCUCCUUGAAGUUGCACUGCUUAAUCAGAUAUAUGCUUGAGCCUGACCAUGAGAAGAGACCAGAUAUCUAUCAAGUCUCCUACUUUGCCUUCAAGUUAGCUGGAAAGGAGUGUCCAGUGCCAAAUCUCUUUAGCUCCCCUCUCCCCACGUCACUUCCUGAGCCACUGACAGCUAGCGAGGUUGUUGCUAGGAAGAGCAAGACGAAAGCCAGAAUCACAGAGUCCGCGGGCCCGACAGCAACUUCCAUCGCUCCGAGACAGAGGCCCAAGGCUGCCAACAGUAACGUGCUGCCCAUCCCUGUAGCCAACACAGCUGUCACCCCUAUAGCAGUGCCUGCCGCUGUCACGCCCGCCGCUGUCACGCCCGCCGCUGUCACGCCCGCCGCUGCCACGCCCACCGCUGCCACGCCCAUCACCCCUACAGCUGUCAGCAAUGGGCAGAAAGCUCCAACACCUGGUAACAGCCAGCCGGUUGCUCCACAGCCUCAGAUAGCCAACCGGGUCCUCCAACAGCUGCAACCUGGAGACCUGCGUCUGCAACAACAACUCCAUCAACAACAACAACAACAACAACUCCAUCCUGUCCAUCCACAGCAGCUCCAAUACCUCCAGUACCAGCAGGCUCUUCACCAGCAGGCCCUUCACCAGCAGGCCCUUCAGCAACAGGCCCUUCUCCAACAACAGAUGAUGAUGCAGCCCAUGUAUCAGCAACAACAAGCCCAGGCUCAGGCCCAGUAUGCAGCCAUGAUGCACCAGUACCAACAGGCCUUUGCACAGCAGCAGCAGCAGCAACAUCAACUACAACAACAGCAACUCCAGCAACAGCAACAGCUACAACAGCAUCAACAGCAUCCCACCCAGCAGCCCAAUGUGACCUCCCCGCUAGAGUUCCAGCUUCCUUUGGGCUCUUUUAUCUCGGCUGGGUCUGGGGUCAGCCCUGUGGUCGUGGCUGGGCCUGCAGUUGGGGCUGGGGUUGGAAAUGUGACACCUUCCCCUGUUGAGGCUCCAUACACUAACACCAGCAGAAACCCUCUGGUGGACCUAAAGGUGACCACCCCUCCCCUCCAGACCCUGGUCGCUCCCCAGAGCCACCCUCCUGACAUGUCCCGCUGGAACCCCUUCGGAGAGGACAACUUCUCCAAACUCACAGAGGAGGAACUUCUGGACCGCGAGUUCGACCUCCUCAGAGCAACAGGUAAACCCGUGGAGAGAACCACUAGCAUGGAGGCAGACCGACCGCUGCAGCCAAUCACCUCCGCCGCAACCGCCAAGCCCCUCCUCCCUGAAUACCUGUUUGGCUCCGCCCCAUUCCUGGCUAGCGCAGGUUCUAGUGUGAUGAUGACAGAUCAGCCUGUCGAAGAGCUCAGUAUCCCAGUCGCUGCUCCUGUCCCUGUCCCUGUGGGCCAGCCAGCCCUUGAGGAACAGCUACAGCAACAUCCUGCCAGGGAGCACAAACCAAGCAGGAGGAGAAACUCCUCCGCCGGCAGCUCACAGACGACCCGCAAACCACCGGGCGGCGAAUCGGACAGCGACUUCGAGUCUGACCCUCCUUCCCCUAAAAGCAGCGAGGAGGAAGACGAGCCGGAGGAGGACGAAGGGCUGAACAGCGAGCAAGAGCAUGGAGAGUUCUUCAACGAACUGGACAAUGUGGAGGAAACGGAGACGCUGGGCCAGAGGCCUCUGUUAAUGGACUCGGAGGAGGAGUACGACAAACACAGUUCCGACUCUGACUAUGAACCCAGGAAAGCUAAGGGAGGACGAUCAAAGAGGCUCCCAGGAGGUAAAGGAGGGGCAGUGGCUGCUGCGGCUACUGUCUCCCAUGAGGGAAGUCCGAGAGGGGAGUCGGAGGCCACGCUGAUCACGAUCACACCUUCCGAGUCGCCCGGUGUGGCUGCUGUUAGAGCUCCCCCUAGUGGUGGUGGGAUCAAGGACAUAUUUGGUGCCGAUGUGUUUUGCGCGGUGCCCUUCUUUCCCCCUGUGGCGUCCCCCACAGAAAGCGCAGACAUCUUCUCCGCGGCUCCGUUCAGGCAGGUGAGCCAGGAGGCUGUGGUCAGCCAGACCAUGGAGGAGUUUGACGUCUUUACAAAGGCUCCGUUCAGCCGGAACCUCUCCAAAUCUGGCAAGACCGGCAGCAGCGAUGUCCCCAUGGGUCAGACCCCGCCGGUGUCCCCUGACAGCAUCGAUCCGUUCGGCUUCUCCCCCUUCCAGCCCGGCCCCACGGCCCCGCCACCAACCACCUCCAGGAGCGCCGAGGACAUCUUCCGUCCGGCCUUCGAGGAUUUGGCCAGCCCCCAGCAGCAGAGGCUGAAGCAGCGCAGCCUCCAGAAGCUGUCUUCACGGCAGAGGAAGCUCUCUGGCGGCACCGACGGUGGCAGCAACGGCAAGCGCCACCACGGUACGCCCACCGGUGGCCGCAAGAGCAACAAGCCCAGCUUCCGAACCCCCGAGCGCGUCCGCCGGCACAAGAAGGUCGGCAGGAGGGACUCCCAGAGCUCCAACGAGUUCCUCAGCACCUCAGACUCCAAGGAGAACAUCAGCAUCGGCAGCGUAACGAUGGCCGACACCGACAAAGACAAAGGCGCUUCCCUACCUAGCCUUCCUGGUGAGGUCGACCCCAUCUUGGACCCCUUCGGUGCCAAACCCUUCGGUCCUCAAGAUGGCAGCCGACUCAACCAGGGCCAGUACCAAGGUCUGAUGGACGGCAAGACAGACAUAGUUUCGGCCAAUGGCAGGCCUCAGACCAGCUCCCUCCACGGCGCGCUGGGGGAUGGGAACAUCAUGGAUGACUUUGGGGCGGUGCCCUUCACAGAACUGGUGGUCCACCCCGGGCAACAGCAGCCGUCUCAGCCGGUGGAGCUGGAUCCUUUUGGGGCUGCGCCUUUCCCCUCCAAACAGUGAACGUCUCGCUAGUCUUCCCGCCACAAACACACUCAUGCGCUUGUCUUUCUCAAUCACAUCGCUGUGUUACACCAAGCCUAUGCAGUCCUGGGGAUGAAUUCCCUUCCAAGGGAUGGCAGCUAGAUUGGUGGUGUGACAGUUGAUGAUCUUUUCAGCCAAAUUAAACUGAUAUCGGCAAUGGCUCUAAUGACUCUGCUCUUAAGUGUUUCCAAUGUUGUUGUUUCCCCCCCCCCCCUCUAAAAAUAUAUUUUAACACGCUAAUAACUGGACUAAAUCUGUGGAGGACGAUUUCAGGUUCUGUAUGCAUUUACUUCCGCCUGUACCUGUUUUCUAACAAGCCUUUUUUAUGCUGCAUCACAAUGCGUGUCUCUGGGCAUCGAGACAUUCGAACAGGAGAGACGGAGAUCGUACUGUGACAAACAAGCUCGCUCAGCGUCCGACUGCUUGAGUUGCUGCAAAAAAACAAACAAUUUUUUUGUAUAGAUUGUGGCCUCCUUCAAGAUCUACCAAUAAGAUUGAUUAAUUUAGCACCAUAAAGCCUUAUAUGGGCAUGGCUCCGCCCUGCUGCACAGUACCUCGGAAACCGUUGCCUAAGCGAAUGGCUAACGUUGCCCUUUUGUGUCAACAGAAUGGGUCGUUUCAGAGUAGGCAUUUACCACUUUAAUAUUUCACCCUACUUAGACCUUUUUCUAUGCAUUUUUUUUUUUUACAUUUAGAGUCUACUUGUAGACACAUAGCGAUUAAUGUUUUUGGUUUCGUGAUUUUUAUUGCAUUCUUUAAUACUAGAACUAAAGGGAUUUUGGUUCUGUUUCUUUUUAAAGGUUGCUGUUUUAUGAUUUAGGACAGUUUCAAUGUUAGUUUGUUUCUAUACUUUUAGCAUUACAACUGUGUCAGUAAAGUUCUGUUCUAUUUUAAAAAGUGGAGUGUUAUUUUACCUUAACCCAAUUUUUGAGUCAUGACAGAUUCUUUUUGAAUAAAGAGGAAAAACACAAGUCCUCCUACAUGGUGAAACUGAAUCUACCGAUAUGACUACUUCCACCUCUUCCUAGUCCUGAAACAGACUCCUAUCUCUCAUCGAUUGGUAACACAAGCCAUGCAUUCAUAAAGGGAAAGAGGGUCUAAAGAAAUAUCGUAGUACAACUUAGUCUAUUAGGUCGUGUUUAAAUGAACGCUCUUUCAGCGUCAACUCUUCCAUUGUCUGGUAAUUAUAAAACCAAUGUUACAGAAAUAAAGAUAUUUACCUACCGUAGGCACUUAAAACAACAGCUGGUAGCUGCCUAUGGAAGCCAUCGGUUAAUAUUUCAUUUAACAACUUUCCAUAAUUUUUAUUUAUCAUGCUAUACCGCUGUCUAAUGCAAUAAAAAAAAGUUGGAUUAAAAUGUGUGUGUGGUCCUUGGAAAGGCAUGUAGCGCACAUUUAGAGCCUUCUGUAUUCCAAUAUUGAUUUUAUUCAUAACUCAAGUUCUAGUAAUAAAAGUCAAACAUACAAAAACAAAGACGGACUACAAAAUGGGUUUUUAGACACUUCCAAGACCAGGGCCUGUAUUCUUACGUCUCAGAGUAGGACUUGCUGAUCUAGGAUCGUUUUUUAAGAUUAUGAUAAUUAGAUCAGCAGUCCUACUGCGACGCUUUAUGAAUACACGCCCAGAUCCCUUGUGCUAACGGAAACCAUUGCAUGUAUAAACCUGCUCCAAAAAAAAAAAAUGGUAGUAUUUAUAAAUAUUGAGCAAAAUUAAAACACGUCA